GCCGGACUACCCUUACGACUCGUGGUGGUGCAGCGGCAUCGGCUCCUUAUUAUACUGCAUCGUGUUUGUCUUCUGGCGACCGGGGCAAAAGGUCUUUGUGGAUGUGAUGUGCAUCAACCAGGAGAGCGAGGACGAGAAGGUCAAAGCGAUUCUGAGUAUGGGGGCUUUGCUGAAGUGCUCGGAGAAGCUGCUGGUACUCUGGGAUACGACAUAUUGUCAUAGACUCUG